AGUAGUAUAUUUCUAACUACAAUUAGCAAUUUUAUUGAAGACUUAUUGACAACGAUUAAAGCCAUUUUGACAACUCUCAGUUUGAUGUUGUAUUUUUUGUCUUGUGCUUACAAUAGACAUAACAUACGUUUAUGUUAUGUAAAGUGUUUGGACGUCUUGUCCUACAACAAAAAUACAUGUCUAAAAAUGUCGUCUGUAUUUAUCAUAAGUGGUAUGCAUCUGUUUUGGUUGGUUGUAUUUUUUGUCAACUCAAUGACGACCCAAGAGCCUGCCAUCAAUCUAGUGCUUCAUGCUCAAGAUUUCGUCUGUUUCAUGUUUGAAAUGCAAUUUUACGUGAUCUUAUUGCUGGUGAAAUCAUCACUUGAAAUGGUCAUUCAUAGGAUAUCCAACUUUUUUCAUAUGAUUAAGGAAAACAAAAUUGAUACAAAACUUAUUUUGCCAGAUUACUUUGCGAAUUGUUUAGAAGAUACUAGAUUGUUACAUAUGGAAAUAUUUGACAUAAUGGUAAAUGUUAAUAGAAUAUAUGGGCUUAAUACAUUAACCUUAAUUAUUCAAUCAAGAAUUUUGCUGGCCAUAAACUUAUAUUCAUAUAUAACAAGUUUUUCAGUAAUUGAUCUUGUAGAAAGUAUGGCAACAUUUCAAAGAGUUGCUUUGCUGUGUUAUUGCUGUGAACUGAUCAAACAAAAUGAAAAUAUUAUUAAAAGUAUGGUUAAUGAAAUGGAUACAAAUUUAUUGCCAGGAGAAAAUUAUAAGCAACAGAGACUUUUAUUUAAUCACCAAGCACAAAAAUUGAAGUUUGAUUUGGAUGUUUUAGAUAUGUUUCCAAUAAAUUUAGAAACCCUGUUAUCUAUAUUAAUAACUACUGCCAGUUACCUUCUUCUAUUCAGCCAAUUAAAUUUAACUCUACAGAGUUAAUAAGUUAAAUCUGUAUCAUUUUAUAUUAUAUAAUAGUAUAAGUAUUUAAUAUUUUUUCAUUAAUUAAUUAUUAGGCCAUAUUUUACUAAAUGUUUAUUUAUUUUAUAUAAUUACUGACACUAACUAUUAAGAACCACCAAGUUUGUUUUAUAUAAGUAAUUCAUACAAUAUACAGUUAAAUAUGUAAAAUGAAA